ACAUCAGUAAGAGUCCAAGGAGGAGACUUUAAAUUAGGAUUCGGGGAGGACAGAUGAAGUGUUUUUACUGGGAAAGCAGGCCUAAAAUCAGGCCAAGAGGACCUGUUGGGCCACGGCCUUUCCGAAAGAGGGGAGAAGAGCCUAGCUGCCUUGGGAGGAGACCAGGGAGAAGGCCUUUUGAUGGCUCUAUUGUUCCAAGCGCUUGCCCUACAAAUACCACAUCCCUCCCCGUCCCUUCCGCAAGGGCAGAGCGGGAAACUGGGUCGGUCGGUUGGGCCGAACUCGAAGUAGCGACAGCGCUGGCACCAACCUCUCGGCCCCUUCUGCGGCCCCUUGGGGCGGCAACGGCGCGCCAUUCCCGUCGCAGGCCCAAAACACACAAAGGAAGCCCCCACCCGUCCUCAGAUGUGGGGACACUCUGGGGAGGAGGCUGGCGUGGACCCCGAGUCUGAGCACCUCCCUCCCCCGCGGGGAACAAUAGCCGCCGCCUCCCCGGGGCGGCCGGGCGGUCGCGCGGCACAAAGGCCGGCUCCGGGGCCGCGCCACCAUGUGACGCGCGCGCUCGUUCCGCGCUCUCCGGCCUGCAGCCGGGCGCAGUCAGCAGAGAGCCGGAGCGGCCAGGCUGCCUCAAUCCACCUGGCACACUUUCCGAAAGACAAACGCGGUUCCUCCUACUUCAGAGCAAGUCUGGGCCAGCUGGGAGCCGACCAGAAACCGCAAGCAGAGGAGACACAGGCACCCGGGGUGAGCGCUCACGGAGGGCGCGACCCGCUGCCCCAAGCUCUGCGGCGCGAGGCCGGACACCCCCCCCCCCCCACUCCCGGUACCCCCGGCCGCCUGCCGGCCCCGCCUCCGGACCCCUUGCAGCCCACGGCUCUCCUAAGGGGCGGCCCCCGCGCCCGCCCCAGACGCACGGAGACUGUAUACCCUGCCCCCCCUGCUCCCCGCCCCCCGUCACACGCUUAGCGCAGCUGUACCCCUGGAAAGGGAAGAGGAAAAUCCCAGGUUUUGCAGACACUAUGUAAGAGUCUUAAAAAAAAAAAAAAAAAA